UCUGAGUAUGCUGGUACCACCUUGGUAUCUGAAUCAACUGGUCCAACUGAUUCAAUAACACCUGAGACGGCAGAAACCACGUCAGCACCUGAUCAAACCAAUCCCACUGACAUGGUAACCUCUGAUUCUGGCCUGUCAACCAUGUCACCUGACCUCACAGGUCCUACACAGACAGUUACCUCUGACCCUGUUAUAACACCUGAGACUACAGAGACCACAUCAGCACAAGAUCAAACCAAUCCAACUGACAAAGUCACUUCUGAGCCUGUUGGUACCACUUUUGUAUCUGAACAAAGCAGUCAAACUGAAUCGGUAACAUCUGACCCAGCAGAGACCACGGCAGCAAAUGAUCAAACCAAUCCCAGUGAGACAGUAACCUCUGAUUCUGGCCAGACAACAAUGUCACCUGACGUCACAGGUCCUACGGACACAGUAACAUCUGAGCCUGCUGGUACCACCUUGGUAUCUGACUCAACUGGUCCAACUGAUUCAACAACACCUGCGAUGGCAGAGACCACGUCAGCACCUGAGCAAACCAAUCCCACUGACAUGGUAACCUCUGAUUCUGGCCAGUCAACAGUAUCACCUGACCUCACAGGUCCUACAGACACAGUUACCUCUGACCCUGUUAUAACACCUGAGACUGCAGAGACCACAUCAGCACAAGAGCAAACCAUCCCUACUGACACAGUAACCUCAGAUUCUGGCAUCACAACGAUGUCAGCUGACAUCUCAGGUCCUACAGAUACAGUAACAUCUGAGCCUGCUGGUACCACCCUGGUAACUGAAUCAGCUAGUCCAACUGAUUCAAUAACACCUGAGACGGCAGAGACCACGUCAGCACCUGAUCAAACCAAUCCCACUGACAUGUUAACCUCUGAUUCUGGCCUGUCAACCAUGUCACCUGACCUCACAGGUCCUACAGACACAGUUACCUCUGAGCCUGUUAUAACACCUGACCCAGCAGAGACCACGUCAGCACCUGAGCAAACCAAUCCCACUGACAUGGUAACCUCUGAUUCUGGCCUGUCAACCAUGUCACCUGACCUCACAGGUCCUACAGACACAGUUACCUCUGAGCCUGUUAUAACACCUGAGACUGCAGAGACCACAUCAGCACAAGAGGAAACCAAUCCUACUGACACAGUCACUUCUGAGCCUGUUGGUACCACCUUGGUAUCUGAUCCGACCAGUCAAACCGAUUCAAUAACAUCUGACCAAGCAGAGACCACAUCAGCACCUGAGCAAACCAAUCCCACUGACAUAGUUACUUCUGAUUCUGAUCAAACAACCAUGUCACCUGACAUUACAGGUCCUACAGAUACAGUUACCUCUGAUCCUUUUGGUACCACCUUUGUAUCAGAAUCAACCGAUCCGACUGAUUUUAUAACGCCUGAAACUGCAGAGACUACAUCAGCACAAGAGCAAACUAAUCCCACUGACACAAUAACCUCAGAUUCUGGCCAGACAACCAUGUCACCUGACCUCACAGGUCCUACACAGACAGUUACCUCAGACCCUUUUAUAACACCUGAAACUGCAGAGACCACAUCAGCACAAGAUCAAACCAAUCCAACUGACAAAGCCACCUCUGAGCCUGUUGGUAGCACUUUUGUAUCUGAACAAAGCAGUCAAACUGAAUCGGUAACAUCUGACCCAGCAGAGACCACGUCAGCAAAUGAUCAAACCAAUCCCAGUGAGACAGUAACCUCUGAUUCUGGCCAGACAACAAUGUCACCUGACAUCACAGGUCCUACGGAUACAGUAACAUCUGAGCCUGCUGGUACCACCUUGGUAUCUGACUCAACUGGUCCAACUGAUUCAAUAACACCUGCGAUGGCAGAGACCACGUCAGCACCUGAGCAAACCAAUCCCACUGACAUGAUAACCUCUGAUUCUGGCCAGUCAACAGUAUCACCUGACCUCACAGGUCCUACAGACACAGUUACCUCUGACCCUGUUAUAACACCUGAGACUGCAGAGACCACAUCAGCACAAGAGCAAACCAUCCCUACUGACACAGUAACCUCAGAUUCUGGCAUCACAACGAUGUCAGCUGACAUCUCAGGUCCUACGGAUACAGUAACAUCUGAGUAUGCUGGUACCACCCUGGUAUCUGAAUCAACUGGUCCAACUGAUUCAAUAACACCUGAGACGGCAGAGACCACGUCAGCACCUGAUCAAACCAAUCCCACUGACAUGAUAACCUCUGAUUCUGGCCAGUCAACAGUAUCACCUGACCUCACAGGUCCUACAGACACAGUUACCUCUGAGCCUGUUAUAACACCUGACCCAGCAGAGACCACGUCAGCACCUGAGCAAACCAAUACCACUGACAUGAUAACCUCUGAUUCUGGCCAGUCAACAGUAUCACCUGACCUCACAGGUCCUACAGACACAGUUACCUCUGACCCUGUUAUAACACCUGACACUGCAGAGACCACAUCAGCACAAGAGCAAACCAUCCCUACUGACACAGUAACCUCAGAUUCUGGCAUCACAACGAUGUCAGCUGACAUCUCAGGUCCUACGGAUACAGUAACAUCUGAGUAUGCUGGUACCACCUUGGUAUCUGAAUCAACUGGUCCAACUGAUUCAAUAACACCUGAGUUGGCAGAGACCACGUCAGCACCUGAUCAAACCAAUCCCACUGACAUGAUAACCUCUGAUUCUGGCCAGUCAACAGUAUCACCUGACCUCACAGGUCCUACAGACACAGUUACCUCUGAGCCUGUUAUAACACCUGACCCAGCAGAGACCACGUCAGCACCUGAGCAAACCAAUCCCACUGACAUGAUAACCUCUGAUUCUGGCCAGUCAACAGUAUCACCUGACCUCACAGGUCCUACAGACACAGUUACCUCUGACCCUGUUAUAACACCUGAGACUGCAGAGACCACAUCAGCACAAGAGCAAACCAUCCCUACUGACACAGUAACCUCAGAUUCUGGCAUCACAACGAUGUCAGCUGACAUCUCAGGUCCUACGGAUACAGUAACAUCUGAGUAUGCUGGUACCACCUUGGUAUCUGAAUCAACUGGUCCAACUGAUUCAAUAACACCUGAGUUGGCAGAGACCACGUCAGCACCUGAUCAAACCAAUCCCACUGACAUGAUAACCUCUGAUUCUGGCCAGUCAACAGUAUCACCUGACCUCACAGGUCCUACAGACACAGUUACCUCUGACCCUGUUAUAACACCUGACCCAGCAGAGACCACGUCAGCACCUGAGCAAACCAAUCCCACUGACAUGAUAACCUCUGAUUCUGGCCAGUCAACAGUAUCACCUGACCUCACAGGUCCUACAGACACAGUUACCUCUGACCCUGUUAUAACACCUGAGACUGCAGAGACCACAUCAGCACAAGAGCAAACCAUCCCUACUGACACAGUAACCUCAGAUUCUGGCAUCACAACGAUGUCAGCUGACAUCUCAGGUCCUACGGAUACAGUAACAUCUGAGUAUGCUGGUACCACCCUGGUAUCUGAAUCAACUGGUCCAACUGAUUCAAUAACACCUGAGACGGCAGAGACCACGUCAGCACCUGAUCAAACCAAUCCCACUGACAUGAUAACCUCUGAUUCUGGCCAGUCAACAGUAUCACCUGACCUCACAGGUCCUACAGACACAGUUACCUCUGAGCCUGUUAUAACACCUGACCCAGCAGAGACCACGUCAGCACCUGAGCAAACCAAUCCCACUGACAUGAUAACCUCUGAUUCUGGCCAGUCAACAGUAUCACCUGACCUCACAGGUCCUACAGACACAGUUACCUCUGACCCUCUUAUAACACCUGACACUGCAGAGACCACAUCAGCACAAGAGCAAACCAUCCCUACUGACACAGUAACCUCAGAUUCUGGCAUCACAACGAUGUCAGCUGACAUCUCAGGUCCUACGGAUACAGUAACAUCUGAGUAUGCUGGUACCACCUUGGUAUCUGAAUCAACUGGUCCAACUGAUUCAAUAACACCUGAGUUGGCAGAGACCACGUCAGCACCUGAUCAAACCAAUCCCACUGACAUGAUAACCUCUGAUUCUGGCCAGUCAACAGUAUCACCUGACCUCACAGGUCCUACAGACACAGUUACCUCUGACCCUGUUAUAACACCUGACCCAGCAGAGACCACGUCAGCACCUGAGCAAACCAAUCCCACUGACAUGAUAACCUCUGAUUCUGGCCAGUCAACAGUAUCACCUGACCUCACAGGUCCUACAGACACAGUUACCUCUGACCCUGUUAUAACACCUGAGACUGCAGAGACCACAUCAGCACAAGAGCAAACCAUCCCUACUGACACAGUAACCUCAGAUUCUGGCAUCACAACGAUGUCAGCUGACAUCUCAGGUCCUACGGAUACAGUAACAUCUGAGUAUGCUGGUACCACCCUGGUAUCUGAAUCAACUGGUCCAACUGAUUCAAUAACACCUGAGACGGCAGAGACCACGUCAGCACCUGAUCAAACCAAUCCCACUGACAUGAUAACCUCUGAUUCUGGCCAGUCAACAGUAUCACCUGACCUCACAGGUCCUACAGACACAGUUACCUCUGAGCCUGUUAUAACACCUGACCCAGCAGAGACCACGUCAGCACCUGAGCAAACCAAUACCACUGACAUGAUAACCUCUGAUUCUGGCCAGUCAACAGUAUCACCUGACCUCACAGGUCCUACAGACACAGUUACCUCUGACCCUGUUAUAACACCUGACACUGCAGAGACCACAUCAGCACAAGAGCAAACCAUCCCUACUGACACAGUAACCUCAGAUUCUGGCAUCACAACGAUGUCAGCUGACAUCUCAGGUCCUACGGAUACAGUAACAUCUGAGUAUGCUGGUACCACCUUGGUAUCUGAAUCAACUGGUCCAACUGAUUCAAUAACACCUGAGUUGGCAGAGACCACGUCAGCACCUGAUCAAACCAAUCCCACUGACAUGAUAACCUCUGAUUCUGGCCAGUCAACAGUAUCACCUGACCUCACAGGUCCUACAGACACAGUUACCUCUGAGCCUGUUAUAACACCUGACCCAGCAGAGACCACGUCAGCACCUGAGCAAACCAAUACCACUGACAUGAUAACCUCUGAUUCUGGCCAGUCAACAGUAUCACCUGACCUCACAGGUCCUACAGACACAGUUACCUCUGACCCUGUUAUAACACCUGAGACUGCAGAGACCACAUCAGCACAAGAGCAAACCAUCCCUACUGACACAGUAACCUCAGAUUCUGGCAUCACAACGAUGUCAGCUGACAUCUCAGGUCCUACGGAUACAGUAACAUCUGAGUAUGCUGGUACCACCCUGGUAUCUGAAUCAACUGGUCCAACUGAUUCAAUAACACCUGAGACGGCAGAGACCACGUCAGCACCUGAUCAAACCAAUCCCACUGACAUGAUAACCUCUGAUUCUGGCCAGUCAACAGUAUCACCUGACCUCACAGGUCCUACAGACACAGUUACCUCUGAGCCUGUUAUAACACCUGACCCAGCAGAGACCACGUCAGCACCUGAGCAAACCAAUCCCACUGACAUGAUAACCUCUGAUUCUGGCCAGUCAACAGUAUCACCUGACCUCACAGGUCCUACAGACACAGUUACUUCUGACCCUGUUAUAACACCUGACACUGCAGAGACCACAUCAGCACAAGAGCAAACCAUCCCUACUGACACAGUAACCUCAGAUUCUGGCAUCACAACGAUGUCAGCUGACAUCUCAGGUCCUACGGAUACAGUAACAUCUGAGUAUGCUGGUACCACCUUGGUAUCUGAAUCAACUGGUCCAACUGAUUCAAUAACACCUGAGUUGGCAGAGACCACGUCAGCACCUGAUCAAACCAAUCCCACUGACAUGAUAACCUCUGAUUCUGGCCAGUCAACAGUAUCACCUGACCUCACAGGUCCUACAGACACAGUUACCUCUGAGCCUGUUAUAACACCUGACCCAGCAGAGACCACGUCAGCACCUGAGCAAACCAAUCCCACUGACAUGAUAACCUCUGAUUCUGGCCAGUCAACAGUAUCACCUGACCUCACAGGUCCUACAGACACAGUUACCUCUGACCCUGUUAUAACACCUGAGACUGCAGAGACCACAUCAGCACAAGAGCAAACCAUCCCUACUGACACAGUAACCUCAGAUUCUGGCAUCACAACGAUGUCAGCUGACAUCUCAGGUCCUACGGAUACAGUAACAUCUGAGUAUGCUGGUACCACCCUGGUAUCUGAAUCAACUGGUCCAACUGAUUCAAUAACACCUGAGACGGCAGAGACCACGUCAGCACCUGAUCAAACCAAUCCCACUGACAUGAUAACCUCUGAUUCUGGCCAGUCAACAGUAUCACCUGACCUCACAGGUCCUACAGACACAGUUACCUCUGAGCCUGUUAUAACACCUGACCCAGCAGAGACCACGUCAGCACCUGAGCAAACCAAUCCCACUGACAUGAUAACCUCUGAUUCUGGCCAGUCAACAGUAUCACCUGACCUCACAGGUCCUACAGACACAGUUACUUCUGACCCUGUUAUAACACCUGACACUGCAGAGACCACAUCAGCACAAGAGCAAACCAUCCCUACUGACACAGUAACCUCAGAUUCUGGCAUCACAACGAUGUCAGCUGACAUCUCAGGUCCUACGGAUACAGUAACAUCUGAGUAUGCUGGUACCACCUUGGUAUCUGAAUCAACUGGUCCAACUGAUUCAAUAACACCUGAGUUGGCAGAGACCACGUCAGCACCUGAUCAAACCAAUCCCACUGACAUGAUAACCUCUGAUUCUGGCCAGUCAACAGUAUCACCUGACCUCACAGGUCCUACAGACACAGUUACCUCUGAGCCUGUUAUAACACCUGACCCAGCAGAGACCACGUCAGCACCUGAGCAAACCAAUCCCACUGACAUGAUAACCUCUGAUUCUGGCCAGUCAACAGUAUCACCUGACCUCACAGGUCCUACAGACACAGUUACCUCUGACCCUGUUAUAACACCUGAGACUGCAGAGACCACAUCAGCACAAGAGCAAACCAUCCCUACUGACACAGUAACCUCAGAUUCUGGCAUCACAACGAUGUCAGCUGACAUCUCAGGUCCUACGGAUACAGUAACAUCUGAGUAUGCUGGUACCACCCUGGUAUCUGAAUCAACUGGUCCAACUGAUUCAAUAACACCUGAGACGGCAGAGACCACGUCAGCACCUGAUCAAACCAAUCCCACUGACAUGGUAACCUCUGAUUCUGGCCAGACAACCAUGUCACCUGACCUCACAGGUCCUACAGAUACAGUAACGUCUGAUCCUGUUGGUACCACCUUUGUAUCAGAAUCAACGGCUGCAACUGAUACAGUUACAACACAACCUGAGCAAACCUCUGCUACGGAUCCACUAACCUCUGAUCCAUCCCAAACCACAUCAGCCAUGGAAACAUCAACACUUACGCCAACUACUUUACUAACUACACAGUCAACCAUACCAGACACUGUUGAGCCAGAUACGCUCAACAGGUCAGUCGUUGUAAAAGUGGUGAUCAAUGAGGAAUACAAACCAGAAUAUACAGAUAAAAAGUCACCCGAGUACAAAGAAUUUGUUGGAAACUUUACCGACCAGAUGGAAAAAUAUUAUAUUGAGAAGAAGAUAGCAAACUUUAAAGAGGUGGUGGUAACGAGUGUGAGACCUGGAGACCCUGCGGUCAGAUUCUCAGAUAACGCUUUAAAAAAGAGGAGUUUACCAUCUGAAGUUAUCUACAGUAUCGCAGCAAGAACAAAUGGUGUUAGUGUCACACAUGAUGUGGUUUUGGCAAUUCCAAACAACGCCAGCUUUGACUAUAUAUAUGAGGAAGAUGUCAAAGCAGUUGAGGCGGCUGUUGGAGGGCUUGUUGACUGCUUCCCAGACUGUCCUUACAACAUCACAACUACUCCUGAAGUUAAUGAAACCGAAACAGAUUUGGGAGGUGUAUGUGAAAGAAUUGUGAACGAUGCAGAUAUUGCUGAAUUCUACGAACCUGCGAAUGUUACUGGAGUCAUCAAGUGUGUGACAGUAUGUAACAGUUUACAUACGAAGGUUAAAAAAUGCUACAAUAAAGGAAUCUGCAGAGUGUACAGCUACGUUGGAGCGCUUUGUCAUUGCCCAAAGGAGGAUUCCACUUGGUACUUGGGCGAUGACUGUAGCCUCCCGAUAUGGAGGACCGGUUUCUACAUAGGCAUAUCUGUGACCUUGUGUUUCCUGUUGUUGAGUGUGGGAGGGUUAUCUCUAUUCCUGCUGCUCAACAAACGCAAACAAAAGAUGAAGAAAGAUAUUAAAAAGCAGCAGGUAGACGAGUGGAUGACCGAGGACUUUGAGUGGUCCAGAUCCAACAGCUCAGAUGACGCAGUUAAUGCCGGAGGGCUCCGAAACCCUUCAUUCACACAUGAUGAAUCAUACCAGGAGGAUCCAGGAUCUAGACGUACUGCACCUUCCUUUGCGCUCACGCCACUGUCUUUGGAUCCUGCCAGCAGAGGGUUUGGGGCGAGCAACUACCCCUCAACCCGAGCAGCACCACGAUACAAUGUUCCAUUUUCGAAUGCUGGAUUCUCACAGGCUUCCAGCGUAGACUUCCCAUUGAGCCCGCCGAUGAGGAUCGGCAGGCCUCAGGUCAGGCCCUCCUGGGAAGUCUGAGUCUCCCCUUUCCAACAUUGUUCGUCAUGACUUCUCCGUUUGCUGCCUAAGAUAAACAUCUAAAAUGGAUCAGUUAUUAUUUAUAUUUAUUUGCAUGUUAAAUGCAGCAGCUGUACUAGUUAUGAAUACAUGUAUUUUAGAUUUGUUUUAUUAUUUCCUGAUUUAUUUAUUGAUUUUCUUAAACUGACAGAGUGUCAGUGCUUUAUUUAUGAGUCUUUUGAACAACCCUGUCUACCUUUAUGACACUUCUUAUAUACAGUUUUGUCGACAGUGUGUCAGAGAGCAAUGGAUUCACUUCUGUGUUCAUGUAUGAGGCCGUAGGUAGUGCAGUUGUGUUGGAACGCAUUAUGGAGAGCUCAAUCCUGAAGUAGAGAUUUUAAAUGUAACCCCGCAGCACAGAAGCACUUUGAAGAGACAUCAGGACAUCACUGAUGAGUGCAGUUUAUUAUCCACAGGAUUGAGGAACAUUUUUGGUAUAAUCUGAUUGUUUUUAGUUUAUUACAUUUCCUAUAUCUGUCAGCUAAUGAUGAUUGAGAUCUGAGGCAGAAGUGCAGUAUAGAGGAAUGAAGGUGUUUUGAUUAUUUGCACUGUUAGUAGUUUUAACCUUAUUGCUUUGGAUGCACUUUAUGUAAAUAAAA